CGUCGAGUGGAGACGAGGCGGGAUGCCGCGCAAGGUGUUCAACGAUCAAAUCCAUGGAUAUAUCACGAUGAGUCCGCUGUGUGUAUCGAUCAUCGACACACCGCAGUUCCAGCGACUCCGCGACUUGAAGCAGUUGGGCACGUUGUACUACGUGUUUCCUGGUGCGUCGCACAAUCGUUUUGAGCAUUCGUUGGGUGUGGCACACCUGGCCGGCGCGACUGUGGAGCGCUUUCGGACGAACCAACCGGACUUGGACAUCACGGCGAAAGACGUCGAGCUGUUGAGCGUGGCAGGUCUCGUGCAUGACUUGGGCCACGGGCCGUUUUCCCACGUAUUCGACGGCGCGUUCAUGAUGAAUGCGCGUCCUAGUAGCUCGUACUCGCACGAAGACAUGUCGCUUCGCAUGCUCGAAUACCUCGUGGACGACAACCACAUCGACAUGGACAAGUACGACGUGCGUUUUGUCCAGCAAAUUGUCCAAGGCGCGAAGCGCACCCAUCAAGCGCGCUUGGAUUCGCGCGGCUUUCUGUACGAGAUCGUCGCCAACGGCCGCAACUGCAUCGAUGUCGACAAGUUCGACUACCUCGCACGGGAUAUGGCAAACCUAUUUGGCGGGAAAAAAGGCUACGAUUAUUCGCGCUUGUGGCACUACAACCGCGUGAUCGGCAACGAAAUUUGUUACCACACAUCCGUCACCAACGACAUAUACGAGAUGUUCCAGCAGCGCUACUACAUGCACAAGCAGAUAUACAACCAUCGCAAGGGCAAAGCUGUCGAGUACAUGAUUUGUGAUGCGAUGCUCUUGGCCGACAAAGAGCUCUGCAUUUCCGACUCGACCGAAUCCCCCGAGCGAUUCCAGUACAUGACUGACCACAUCGUGAAAAUGAUCGAAUGCUCCACAUCGCACGGCCUCGCACCUGCUCGCGACAUUAUCCGCCGCAUUCGUCGCCGGCAGUUGUACGAUUUUGUCGACGAGUUCCUUGUGCCAGCAGACUUGACCAACCAAAUCCCCAAGGUCACGGCGGUAGACAUUGCAUGUGCAUCGAACGCAGCCGCCAUCAACCUGGCCGUGGACGACAUCAUUGUGUACGACGGCCGAUUGAACUAUAAUCUGCAGGACAAAAACCCAGUGGAUAUGGUGUCAUUUUACUCGACGUCCGACCUGAGCCGCAAAUUCCACACGCCGAAGGACGAAGUAAGCUUGCUUUUUCCAGACAAGUUUGAAGAGCGCAUUCUACGUGUGUUCAGCCGAAAUUCGGACGUGGGUGUGAAGCAGGCCAUUUCGGAUGCUUUCCGUCGCCACUUGAGGCAAUACACCCGUAAACUGCCGUUUUCCCCCGCUUCCAAAGUUGGCCUUAAGCCGCCGCUGCCCUCCCGGCCCCCGUCGUCGACAUCGCGAGUGUUGGAGUUGGAUUUGGACGACUCGACCGCUGCGACAAAGAAAUCCAAACUCGGGUCCUAGGUGGCUGAUCCCGACGUCACAACUAUUUCAGUUGUGGGGGUGAUGCCGUGUGUGUACAGAUAUGAAAGGCUCAAGAGCUCAAUAUACACCGUCAAUUGGCACA